CUCUCCUUGACCAAUUCUUUUAUCUCUCGCCAUUUCUUGACCUGAAGAUCUCCUCUCUAUCCCUUUAUCCUCCAGAUAAACGCCGAAAUCAUCGUAAACGCCGAUCGCCAUGCCGAGCGCACGAACGAACUUGGGUCCUCUCACGACAGAAUGGAAGUACCCUGAUCGAUGUACUGUGCCAGUCACCGAUUGCUCGACAUGCACGAAUGCUUGGCAAGGUCAGACGUGCGGGAAUAACAAGGACAACACGCAAGGCGUGCUGGACGACACAGACUGUUGGCCACCGCGAAAAUCAUCGAUCGCCGCUGGAAAUGCUGUGAAUGGCUGGGGCUUCUACUCUCCCGCAUUCGAGUGCCCUCAAGGCUACGAAACAGCAUGUACCGCGACGGGUCCUGAGACUGGAAACUUUAACUUUCAGUUCUCGAUACAGGAUGGCGAAAGGGUGAUAGGAUGCUGUCCAUCUGGCUAUACAUGCGCGCAACCAGGAGGCCCACAAACAUGCACAACCAUCGCGUCCAGAGGGUCGUUACAAGUCGCAUCAUGCUCAAAGCAAAAGACUGUUCUCAACUGGCUCACCCUUCCAGCGACAGUGACAGAUGAAACCAGCACAGUGUCUUUAGAUGGGAUAACCAUCUUCGCACCAAUGAUCCAGCUCAACUAUCGCGAAAAAGAUCUAUCCUUGUCAUCUGGGUCAACAAGAUCCACAACAACAGUGUCUGUACCAGCGGAGACUGGUACAAAUGAAUCAUUCUCAGACGGAUCUUCCAGCGGAGGACUAUCGACGGGUGCCAAAGCUGGCAUUGGAGCUGGGGUUGGAGUAGUCGGGCUUGCGAUUAUCGGAGCGGCGUUUUAUCUUUGGAGAAGAAGAAAGAGGCCUACACCGCCGACUGCUGAGUUGGAGACGAAGGAGGAUACAAAGAAUGCAGGAUCAGUCUUGACUUAUGGUUCGCCGCCGCCACAGUAUCCUCCCGUUGAACUUGAUGCGACGAAUUCGAGACAUGAGAUGUGAAUGAUGGGUAUUCGCACAUGAGGCAGAGGGUGACUAAGAUGGGUGUACUUUGGAAAGACAAGGCGAAGAGAGCGGGUAAUUCAUUUAACAUUCUCAUAGACAGGCUAUCAUUUUAAUAUUGAAGACGAGCUCACC